AUGGAGAAGAUAAAGGUCCCGGAAAAAUCGUGGAACAAUGCCAACAACCCGUGGCUUUCCGAUGCAGAAGAGAGUAAGGCCCAAUCGAGUGCAGGGGCAUUUCAGGCGCCGGACGGCAACCAAAAUGGCCAAAAUGGCGAAAAUUCAGACCAAUCUGUCUUCAUCACCCUCAUUCCCAGGGACGAGAAGCUCGUUUAUGUCUGUCCCAUUGUCACCAUCCAUAAAGGGGACUAUUUGGGGGUUUUCUCGGGAAAUAUUCGAUAUUCGGAUGCCUUCGACAAAAAGUGUGGUGUUUGUGGACCAACGAAGGACCUUUGGCUAGAUUACGGUCAGGUCACAGGAGUGCUAAACCAGAUGAAAGUAUCGCCACCGUACGGGACCGAGAACGUGCGCCUCGAAUGGGAGCUUAUUGACAUUUCGGUGGGCAUGCAGCGUCACCAAGCAUGGAGGGUUGCAGUUCGCGCUCUCAGGACGAUCAAGCCGUUUGAAGAGCUUAUCCGUGCAGCUCGUCACGAGGACCAAUAUCUUCUGCAUCAGGAGCCUGCUAAUGCCAAAAAUGGCUUUUUGUCAGAGGGAUAA